AUGGCCGCCACAUUGCAAACCUCCAAAUUGGCUACCCCAUCGAGCUCGACUUGCCAGAAGCGCAAACGCGCUGAGUUCGACGCACAACCGCCUACUCCGCCCCUUACAGCAUCCGAUCCCGAAGGAACGCGUCUUGUGUCGCGCGGGGUCAAUGUCCUCUCUACAGCCGCAGCCGCGCUGUCGCAAGUCACGCUCCUCUACGAAUCCGAUUCCGUAGCACAGGAUGGAUUGCUACGAAGCGUAGCGACCGUUACAGGCGCAGUCGAGGCUGGAGGAAAGCUCCUAAUAUGCGGUGUGGGCAAAAGCGGCCUGGUGGGGCGGAAGAUGGUAGCGACAAUGAAGAGCCUGGGGAUCGCGUGUAGCUUCAUGCAUGCUGCUGAGGCACUGCACGGCGAUUUGGGCGAUAUCCGCAAGAACGACGUGAUUCUCUUCAUCUCGUAUUCCGGCAAGACGGCCGAACUCCUCGCUCUUCUCCCUCACAUUCCCACGCGCACGCCGAUAGUGGCCAUAACUUCGCACAAGCGCGCAGAGGACUGCCCCCUCCUUCAGGCACAUCCUAACACUGUUCUGUUGCCUGCGCCAAUCCACGAGCUCGAGGAGGUGAGCUUUGGAGUGUGCGCGCCUACAACUUCGACAACCGUUACUAUCGCCGUUGGUGACAUGCUUGCGCUCACCGUAGCGGAAGCUCUAUAUGAGAAUGAGGCUGAAGGCAUGAAAGACGUCUUCCGGCGGAAUCAUCCAGGUGGUGCAAUCGGAGCGAAGGCGAGGAAGAUUGAAGCCACGACAGACUCUGGAGUCGAGUCGGACGGAUUGGCUACACCUCCAGGGUUAUGA